AUGAUCGAGUCGCUCAUCCCAAAAGAGUACAUGUCGUACUUCGACGUACUACCUGACGUCCAUAAAGUGGCCAAUGUGGCCAUCUCCAUGACACCACUCUAUACAUACGGAACAGCCUGCUGGGGCAUCUACUACCGGAAACUGUCGGUGGGCUUCUCCAUCGAUAUUUGCGCCACCAUGAUCAUGGCCUCGGUGCUCCGUAUCUUAUACUACUUCAUCGCUCCAUACGAGGUGGCUUUACUUCGUCAACUGUUCAUCAUGGUGUUGAUGCAGUGUCUUUUACUUAAAGUACUGCUCAAGUAUCGUCCGGCUUCAUAUAAUCCCGACACACUCUCGGAUCCACCGGAUAUCAGCGAGAAACUCGCCAAUCUUCCCAAAUUGUCCACCUCUCAGUAUCGCUACGACACCUCACAAUUCUACAGUUUCCUUCUCGGUUUAACUGGCCAGUAUGCUGGCAUUUUCUUCUCUCAGACCAUCUGCCUCUUCGAUGUUUACUACAAAAGACCAGCAUGUUUCUGGCAAUGGAUCGAUGAGUACAGAUACUGGAGGUUUAUAGCCGUGUUCUCAACGACGUUUGCGGUGUUAACGGUGAUGUUUCGGAACAGCACCUUCUAUGCAUCUUUCAUUGGCAUUUUCGGGCUCUUUAUCGAGGCUCUUCUUCCUCUUCCACAGAUCCUCAUGCUCCAACGGCUCCGAACCGUUGAGAACUUCAAAGUCAUCUUAUUGGUGUCGUGGUUGUGUGGAGAUUGCUUGAAACUCAGCUACUUAUUUUUCGGAACAGAUGACGUGUCAUCAAUCUUCAUUCUUGCUGGCUUGUUUCAGAUGGCUCUCGAUUUAGUCAUCUUGUACCAGUAUUUUCAUUUUAGAGCCCUCGACCAGCAAAAAGCAUCGGCGCUGAUCCCCAUGUUUGAAAUGCCUCCGGUGGCUACUACCCACGAAUAA